AUGAAGCUGAGCAGCACCCCGCCCCAUUCUCCCGCUUUCCAUCAUCCCGCCCCAUUCUCCCGCUUUCCAUCACCCCGCCCCAUUCUCCCUCUUUCCAUCACCCCGCCCCAUUCUCCCUCUUUCCAGCACCCCGCCCCAUUCUCCCGCUUUCCAUCAUCCCGCCCCAUUCUCCCGCUUUCCAUCACCCCGCCCCAUUCUCCCUCUUUCCAUCACCCCGCCCCAUUCUCCCUCUCUCCAUCACCCCGCCCCAUUCUCCCGCUUUCCAUCACCCCGCCCCAUUCUCCUGCUUUCCAUCACACCGCCCCAUUCUCCCUCUUUCCAUCACCCCGCCCCAUACUCCCUCUUUCCAUCACCCCGCCCCAUUCUCCCGCUUUCCAUCACCCCGCCCCAUUCUCCCGCUUUCCAUCACACCGCCCCAUUCUCCCUCUUUCCAUCACCCCGCCCCAUUCUCCCUCUUUCCAUCACCCCGCCCCAUUCUCCCUCUUUCCAUCACCCCGCCCCAUUCUCCCGCUUUCCAUCACCCCGCCCCAUUCUCCCUCUUUCCAUCACCACGCCCCAUUCUCCCUCUUUCCAUCACCCCGCCCCAUUCUCCCUCUUUCCAUAACCCCGCCCCAUUCUCCUGCUUUCCAUCACCCCGCCCCAUUCUCCCGCUUUCCAUCACCCCGCCCCAUUCUCCCGCUUUCCAUCACCCCGCCCCAUUCUCCCGCUUUCCAUCACCCCGCUCCAUUCUCCCGCUUUCCAUCACCCCGCCCCAUUCUCCCGCUUUCCAUCACCCGCCCCAUUCUCCCGCUUUCCACCACCCCGCCCCAUUCUCCCUCUUUCCAUCACCCCGCCCCAUUCUUCCGCUUUCCAUCACCCCGCCCCAUUCUCCCUCUUUCCAUCACCCCGCCCCAUUCUCCCUCAUUCCAUAACCCCGCCCCAUUCUCCCGCUUUCCAUCACCCCGCCCCAUUCUCCCGCUUUCCAUCAACCCGCCCCAUUCUCCCGCUUUCCAUCACCCCGCCCCAUUCUCCCGCUUUCCAGCACCCCGCCCCAUUCUCCCGCUUUCCAGCACCCCGCCCCAUUCUCCCGCUUUCCAUCACCCCGCCCCAUUCUCCCUCUUUCCAUAA